CAAACCAAACCCCGACUGCGGGGGCUUAUCCGCACUCCGACCGUGCCGCUUCCUCAGCUCAGCUCAGCUCGCUCCCCUCUGCCGUGCUACCUCGCCAUGGAGGCAGCCGCCGCCGCCGCCUUGUCCCCUCCCCGCGUCGCCCUCGACGUGCGCGCCCUCUUCUCCCCGCCCCGCUCCCUCCCGGCCUCGCCCUCAUCCCAGCUCCGCCUCGCCGCCCGCCCCCGCGCGCUCGCCGCCGCCGCCAAGCCGCGGUUCCUGAGCCCCCACCGAGACCCCGCCGUCGACGGCGGCCGCGGCGCCAGGGAUGUCGUCGCGAUGGUGGUGCCGUUCCUGAGGGGGACCGCGUGGGAGCAGCCGCCGCCGGAUUUGGCCUCGUUCCUGUACAAGAACCGGAUCGUGUACCUGGGGAUGUGCCUCGUGCCGUCGGUCACGGAGCUCAUGCUCGCCGAGUUCCUCUACCUCCAGUACGACGACGCUGAGAAGCCCAUCUACCUGUACAUCAACUCCACCGGUACCACCAAGAAUGGUGAGAAGUUAGGUUAUGAGACAGAAGCUCUUGCAGUAUACGAUGCUAUGAGGUAUGUAAAAGUUCCAAUUUUCACCCUUUGUGUUGGUAAUGCAUGGGGAGAAGCUGCUUUGCUCUUAGCUGCUGGUGCUAAAGGUAACCGUGCUGCACUUCCAUCAUCGUCGAUAAUGAUAAAGCAGCCAAUUGGUCGUUUUCAAGGUCAGGCAACAGACGUUGAUAUUGCAAGAAAAGAGAUCCGAAAUGUCAAGAUAGAAAUGGUUAAGCUGCUGGCCAGGCACAUUGGUAAACCAAUUGAAGAGAUCGCUCGGGACAUCAGGCGGCCUAAAUACUUUAGCCCCAGUGAAGCUGUGGAUUAUGGCAUCAUUGACAAGGUGAUAUACAACGAGAAAAUCCAGGAAGACAGCGGUGUCGUAUCAGAACUCAAAAGAUCAAAUUUAAUAUAGUGUUUUUUUUUGUUCACGCAAGUAGACACAUCUUUGUAAGUUUAGUGGCCAGUUACAUGCGUUUGAGCAUUGAUGGGUAGUGGCCAUUCAUUUGCUGGCCGUAGAGCACAUUACCGGAUAGCCUAUGCAAUGCACAUGCGUUUCCUCGAUCACGAUCCUUACUGUUUCAACC